GGCUUUAGUGCCUGGGACUGAAGUAGAUGAUUUCAAUAAAUUGCGCUGUGCCUCUCCGUGACCACCCUCUCCUUCUCCUCAGGUCUCGAGAUCCCGCCCAAUACAACCCCCAGCCCCCGUCACCAUGAACCACUCCAGCAACAACACCCAGGCGGUGCAGCUCACAGGCGAGGAGAUUGCGAAACACAACAGCCGGGAAUCAUGCUGGGUUAUUGUCCACGGCCGUGCCUACGAUGUCACUGAGUUCCUGCCAGAGCAUCCAGGAGGCCCCAAAAUCAUCCUGAAGUACGCUGGCAAGGACGCUACCGAGGAGUAUGAGCCCAUCCACCCGCCCGACACACUCGAGAAGUACCUGCCCAAAGACAAGCAUCUCGGCGAGGUGGACAUGGGAACAGUGGCAAAGGAGGAGAAGGAGUUCGACCCCGAUGAGGAAGAGAGGCAGAAGCGCAUCGAGUCCAUGCCCAUCUUGGAGCAAUGCUACAACCUGAUGGACUUCGAGGCUGUCGCCCGCAAGGUCAUGAAGAAGACGGCAUGGGCAUACUACUCGAGUGCUGCAGACGAUGAGAUUACGCUGCGUGAAAACCACAGCGCUUUCCACAAAAUCUGGUUCCGCCCACGAGUCCUCGUAGAUGUUGAGCAUGUCGACAUGUCCACCACUAUGCUCGGCACAAAGGUUGACAUCCCGUUCUACGUGACCGCUACUGCGCUCGGCAAGCUCGGACACCCAGAAGGCGAGGUCGUCCUGACCCGUGGCGCGAAGAAACACAACGUUAUUCAGAUGAUCCCAACAUUGGCAUCUUGCUCGUUUGACGAGAUUAUGGAUGCGGCAGACGAUCAGGUCCAAUGGCUGCAGCUUUACGUGAACAAGGACCGUGAAGUCACCAAGCGAAUUGUACAACACGCCGAGAAGCGCGGUUGCAAGGGUCUGUUCAUCACCGUCGACGCACCUCAGCUUGGUCGUCGCGAGAAAGAUAUGCGAUCCAAGUUCAGCGAUGUGGGUUCUAGUGUCCAAAGCUCUUCCGGGUCAGCUGUCGACCGAAGCCAGGGUGCCGCACGAGCCAUCUCGUCCUUCAUUGACCCGAGUUUGAGCUGGAAGGAUAUCGCCUGGUUCCAGAGCAUCACUAAGAUGCCCAUUCUGCUGAAGGGUGUCCAGUGCGUCGAGGACGUUAUUCGCGCCGUUGAAGUUGGCGUGCAGGGUGUCGUUCUUUCCAACCAUGGAGGUCGCCAGCUAGACACUGCACGCUCUGGCAUUGAGAUCCUCGCCGAAGUCAUGCCAGUCCUGCGAGCGCGCGGCUGGCAAGACCGCCUGGAGGUCUACAUUGAUGGUGGUGUACGCCGUGCGACAGAUAUCAUCAAGGCCAUGUGCCUUGGUGCCACCGGUGUUGGUAUUGGCCGCCCAUUCCUUUACGCCAUGUCUGCAUACGGUCUGCCUGGUGUUGACCACGCCAUGCAGCUGCUGAAGGAUGAGAUGGAGAUGAACAUGAGGUUGAUCGGUGCUGCGAAGGUUUCAGAUCUGAACCCUACCAUGAUUGACACACGAGCGCUCAGCUCCCACAUCGCGCCAGUACCUGUCGAUACUCUUGGCCUCAAUGUCUACGACUCGCUCGUCGGGCCUCAGGAGAAGGCCAAAGCCAAGUUGUAGCGUCUGGGGGCGGGCGAGCUGUACAUAUGCAUUACACUGGAGCGUUUAGAAAUGUUAGGUUUACAUGUAACUUAGGGUCAACUAUUCCAUUG